CCGGUUCCGGUCGGACCGGAAGCACGUGGCCCCCCACCCGCGCGGUUGCCGCGGAGACCGGGCUGUUUACCAGCGGGACGCGCCCGGCGGGCGGCGGAUGGAGCGGAGCUGCGAGGGGUCCUGAGAAGCAAUGGCCACAGAAGUCCCUGUGAACACAGCACCGCCCGAGCACAGCGCUGUUGUCCACCUAGCAACUGACAGCUUUCUUUGGCAGCCAAACUCCCUCAGAAUGCAUCUCACCAGGCCCAAGUCUGCCAAGGGCCGGACGCGGCCCAGUCUGCACAAAGCCCAGGGCACAGAGGACAGCCCUCAGCGCGCCACUUCCCCCCGGCCUCCAGCCAUUCCCUCUGAGUCUCCUGGCAGCCAGAAACCAGGGGCCUGUGCUCCCGUUUCUCCAGCCCAGGGAGCUGCCGAGGAGACCCCUGAACUGCUGCCGCAGGUGCCCAUCGGGGCUUCCUCUUCUCUCAACAAGUACCCGGUCCUUCCUUCCAUCAACAGGAGGAGCCUCCACGAGGGGGCUGUGGACACAGUAGCUAAAAAGGCCAGCUCACUGCAGCUGAGCAGCAUCCGGGCUCUUUACCAAGAGGAGGCCUGCGCCGUGAAGACAAGCAAAGAAGAUUCCAGCGCUCGAGCUGGUGUCCUGGAGAGGAAGUUCAUGACUGGAACCAAGAAGCAGGGCCCCUCCAGGGCUCGAAACCUGGAGGAACCAUCAGACCAAGAACCCAGGCUGCUGCUCGCUGUCCGAUCCCCCUCAGGACAAAGGUUCACCCGCCAUUUCCGGCCAACUGAUGACUUACAGACGGUGGUGGCCGUGGCCGAGCAGAGGAACAGAACUACCUACGGAGGCUGCAGCAUUGAGACCAUGGAGGUGCCCCGGCGACGGUUUUCUGACCUCACCAAAUCUCUGCAGGAGUGCGGAAUCCCCCACAAGUCUGUGCUGGGCAUCUCCCAGGGGGAGAGGAAGGGGUGGCCCUGAUCCGCAGCCCCCAGCUGGGGUCCUGGGUCUCUGAGCAAGGAGCGUGCUUGGGUGCCGAGCCUGGCUCUGAGUGCCACGCGAGCCCGGUGCAGCUGUGGUCCCUGGGUCUCGUCUCCACAGCAUGUCGUCUGCUGAUGUGCUGAGCACACCGCCAAGACCCCGGAAACACCCCUCCAUGCUCUCCACCACUGGAGCAGCUGGCAGCUUCCAAGGCUGUUCCUGAAACAGCUGCGGCCAGAGUGCUGGGUCCUCUCUGCAGCAUUUGCUCCCUGAACACAAACUCUGACUCCCGAAGCUAAUGGUUUGCCCCUCUGUACUUGAUGCAGGAUUAAACACUAGAGAGGAUUCUAGUCUGGUAAAUAACCAGGAUCUAGGAAAUAUCUAACUGGCAUUUGUAUUUCUUGCAAGUAUCUUUAAGAAACAGGCUGCUGACCUUCUCUCUAGAAGCAGCCCCUCUGCUGGGCCUCGGGACGGUCAGUUUCUUAGGGAUUUCUACCUGCGUGAUGAGGCAUCAAAGGGAAGAGCAGGUCUUCUGCUAUUGCAAAUCCCCCAGUAUAGCAGCUUCCCUGGGUCCUGGAGGUAGGUUGCUGCCACAGCCUGGACUGGCCAGUGCUGCCAUUCACUCGGGUCCUCCACUUCCGUAGCUUCUCUGGGCAGACUUCCUCCAAAACCGAGAAGAGCCAAUGCAAUCUGAUUUCCUUUGCUUUGGUCACUGAUGGAAUCUUCUGUUUUUAAAACGUACAAACCUAAAAGUCUGUACAGGUUUGUCCUAAGGGCCCCUCAUAACUAGUUUCAGUCCCCUGUCUCAGUGUCAUGCCCACUUCAAACGUGGAAGGUCCUUUGAGGCAAUGACAGCACACCUGGUGGUCUGAUUUUGGGUCCCGUGCUGGAGGAGGGACCAGCAACUUACUGGGGUUGCUUUGCUGUGCCUGUGCUGAGACCAUGGCCAUGCGACUGGCUGACGCACCAAGUGCCUUAGCCACAGAAGCCCCGAAGACCGUGGCGUCCUGUUCUUCCCAGUCUGAAGUGGGGAUGUAGACAAGUUGCCAAAGUUCUCUUGUAUUGUGGGUCCAGCGGGACCCGCACAACUCAUCUGGAUCCCUGAACAGGAUCGUGCCCUCAGACGUGGCCACCACAAAGCCCCCACCUCCUGGGUACCCAGGGAAGGCAGGAGUCAGGGGUUCCAGCAGCAUACACACGCUGCUGCCUCAGCCCCAAGGACAUCUUGUGCACAGAUAUGGCCGGUGGUUGGAAAUGUGACUUCUGGCACAUUCUAUGAAGAAGGCUGUCCUGUCCCAGCUGCACCCCACGCCACCCAGGUCACUCAAGGCUAGGUUAGUUCUGAAAGUUUACAAAAUUUCUUACCACCAUCCUGGUUCGGUUGGUAGCUCCUCUGAUUGGAAAGACCAAUUGGAGCUGGCCUUGCCUUGGGCAGGGUCACAAAACUGGACACCUCUUCCAAUUUUUGACCAUGACAGAAGGGACUGGGGGCUUCAGCCUGGAACUAUGGCACAGGAAGUUCACUUUCCCCCACCCCCCGGGACACAAGCACAUUACCCUGCCUCUGAUCUACUAGGCUGGGGAAGAGGCUCCCAUAAAAUCACACCUACUCUAUGGUAAGAAUGACCCCCCCACCUGCGACUUGGUCAUUUCUCUUGACAGGAAAGCCUUAGCCAGCUUGAGUGCCAUGUGGCAUGCUUGAGGAAAUUAGAAUCCUCUGCCCUUAGGGGUGGGCUCUGCUCUGCAGGUUGGAAUUGGGGGGUAGUGAAUAAAUGGGAGCCAUGAAGCAGAGAAAUAUUUUUGGAUAUUUUAGGAUGUGUGAAUAAAGCUAGAUUUGAACCAUCAUAAUAAACAUUUUUGGACAAAAGAUGAUAAUGCUAACAAUAAAAGCUGAUUUGUGUGAAACA